AUGUUUAAGGCAGAGCCUCCUCCCUGCGAGCCGGGCACGGGCAGCAUCAGCCCUACGCCCGCACCCCGGCUCGGCGCCCUACGGCCAAAGCGCGCUCGGGACCCCGGAGCCUCCUCCGCGGCCCGGGGCUCAGAGCCCGGCGGCGGCGGCCCGGAGCUCCGCUCCAUCCCCCGCGCUCGCCCCUCCAGGUCCGGGCGCGCGGCGCCGUCUCCCCUCACAGCGCGCGCUGUGCAGCGGCCCCGGCUCCCCGCGCGCCGUCUCCGCCGCUCCCGGCCCUGCACCCUCGCAGGCUCCCGAGAACAUUGGAAACUACCUAAAUGCCCAAACACAGAAGACUGGUGGAGUACAAUCAAUAGGGAAGCACAAUUGCACAGAAUCAACUGGGAAGCAAUGAAGGAUAUCUUUAUGAACCGAUAUGAAGUAAUUGCCAGGUGUUUUACUUGGAACCUGUUUCAGAUGUUAGAUGUGCUGGUCCAGAUUCUCGGAUGUAACAGUUUGCUCGAGCCCACCCGCAGAUGUUAUGCCUCUAUCAUAAAGUCACCCACAACGGAAAGUAACUUAACCAGAAGCACUUGCAGUACUGGUGGUGGACAGACUUUUGUGUUCUAUUAAGCAUCAUUCUUCAUGUAAAAAAUUUUGUCACCGGCUGGUGCCAUGGGUUCUGUAGCACUUCCCUAAUAUAAGUAAGACUUUAAUAAAAGCCACACUGAGACAACAUUUCAUUGCUUAGACUUGCCCCUAUUGGCCUUCAAUAAUGAAACUCUUCUUGACCCCAAACCUUAAUG